GGUCGACCAACUUUUUUUUUUCUCCCCUGGACAAACCCGGAAGUAGUAUGUCGCUCUGUCUGGAAGCAGGAGAGCAACUCCGACAUCCGCAACCUUUCAGGUUUGUUGGAUAAAGUUGGCUUCCGCGUCUGAAAUCACCAUCUCCCCAGGUGUCAGUGUUGGUAAGGUCUGUGCAUGUGUGUGUGUAUGUAGUGAGUGUGUUUUGGGGUGAUGUACUGUACAUACCAGGAUCGGGAGGAGUUGGAGGAUGAUAUCUACCAAGACGACUCUGAGGACUCUGAGGGGUCCGAGGCCAACAGCGAGCUGGAGUUCCACCUCUAUAGCCAGCUCCACUACUCUUCUAAUGUUGGGGAGAUGGAGGAGCAGGAGGACGCAGGAGAGGAGGCGAAGGGCCAGGACAGCCAGCAGCUUGAGGUGGCUGAGAAGACUGCAGAUGCUGACAGAGAACAGGAAAAUACUGGUGAAAGUAGGCCCGUGUCACCCAGUUUGAGCCAGUUACUGCAACACCUGAAGAAGAAGAAGAAGAAGAAGGAAGAGAAGCGAGAUAAACAGGAGAAGGGAAAAAGUAACCCGAAAGUCCGGAUAUCGUCGUCAUCGCUUUAUGAGGAGGUCAUCGUGAUUGACUCCAGCCCCGAUGUCAUCUCCAUCUCUGAGGAUGACACUGCCGAUGAUGAUGAUGAAGGGGUCUGUGCCUUAAAGGGUAAAGGCUUCCAGCGGCUGCAGACUUCCACCCCGGCCCAACAGAGAACCCAGAAACAGAAGAGGAGUCUCAGUGUGCCGGUGACUGUGGACUCGAGCAGCUCAGAAUCUGACUCGGAGGAAUCCGAAUCAAAGUCUGAGAUUGAAUCUGCAUCUGAAUCGUCUGAUUCCUUUGAUUCUUCUGAUUCGGAUGGUCUGGAGAACUGGAUGAUCCUGGGUCCAGGGAACCAGGAUGGAGACCAGACCAUAUCACUCAACCUGGAGGGAGGGUCCGACAGCAAUGCAGGAGAAUGGGAGCAGUGA